GACCCAGAUAAAGAGUUUCACAGAGAAGCAGAGAUGUCAGACUUUGGAGAUAGAGAGAGAUGGAGAGAGAGAGAGGGAGAGAGAGAAAUGUAAUUAUGAAGGUGAAAUUAAUAACCGGUAGAUAGAGUAGAGUGCUUGGCCAAUAAAGAGCUUCAGAAAAGGCCAAUAUGGCAUAACCAAUCCCUUCUCACACGCGUCUCACCCUUUUCUUCAUUUCUUGGUCUGGUCAGACUUACUGUGUCUUAAUUACAAGCUUAUCUUCGGAAUUAUCAGUUUUUUAUUACCAUCAUUUAACCCCUUCCUUAUAGUUCUUCACUUCCCCACUGUAUUCAUCUCUUCUUUCUGGGUUUUCCGGUGGGCCUGAGUCGUCGCCGGGGGCACAAUGUCGUCGCAGGAGAGAGCUGAGGACUCUACUCCAAACGGGUCCGGUGGGAAUCUCUACUCUGUGUCGUUUGUCACCCAUGAAGACAUCGUUAGCCACUCCUCUCUGUUCUGGGAUACUCUCAGGAGUUUUCAUUAUGAGAUGGGCACCAAAUUAUCAAUACCUGUGAUUGGUGGGAAGCAGCUGAACUUGUAUGUUCUGUAUGUGGAGGUCACUCGAAGGGGUGGCUAUCAUAAGGUCGUGAUGGAUAAAAAAUGGAGAGAGGUGAGCUCAGUUUUCAACUUCUCUCCAACAACCACAAGUGCUUCAUAUGUACUGAGGAAGCACUAUUACAACAUCCUUAGAAAAUAUGAACGUGCUUACUUCUUAAAGGGUCCACCUUUAAACGCAACUGCUUCUAUCCCUGUCAGCGACCUCUCGAAUUUGCAGCAAACGGCUGAUGCGAGGAGAAACGCCUCUAAUCCUCCCAUUGGAGCUCCCAUUUUAGCUGUUGGGACGAUAAAUGCAAAGUUCGAUUGCGGGUACUUGGUGUCGGUGAAAAUGGGGUCUGAAACCCUGAGUGGAGUGCUGUAUCAUCCUGGGCAGCCAAGUUCAUACACGCCAAUCAGAACUUCCAAUACUACUGCUUCUCAAACCCUGAUUACAAACAAGGCAGCACGCAAGAAGAAGCGAAAAAGAGGUGGUGAGCCCGGCCGCCCCAAGCCCAACAGGAGUGGUUACAACUUCUUUUUCUCAGAGAAGCAUGCAUUAUUCAAGUCCCUAUAUCCAGACAGAGAGAGGGAGUUUACAAAAAUGAUUGGAGAGAGUUGGAGCAGCCUGAGCCUGGAGGAGAAGGAAGUUUAUCAGAAGCUCGGGAUAAAGGACAAGGAAAGGUACAAGAAAGAGAUGAAAGAAUACAAGGAGAGGAUGGGGGCUGUGCAGCAGCGGCCUCAGGUGGUGGUGGAAGUUGGCAGGGCUGACAAUGGGGGUCCAUAGCAGCUGUUUGGCUAGGCUGAUAUGGUUUUUCUGAAUCUUGAUGCUUAUAGAAUGCUGUUGGUGGUCUGGCAUAAGCGAGCUUGUAUAAUAUGCUCAUACCUGAUCGAUGAUGUUUUUCACUCUGGACCGGCUCUUCUAAUCCUCUCUCUCUCUUUAUAUAUAUAGUUUUUGAUGUUUUACAGAGGCAUUGUACUUUCAAGGUCUCAUUUUGUUAAUGAGUUUUUAAUUGAAUUGAUACAUUCUAUUGCCCCC